UGUAAGCGACACAUAAACCAGACACUUUAAAUAAUGCAUAAGGAGUUAAAUAUUUGGAUGUUCCGUCUGGUUGCAACCUCAGGAUAUUUGAAUGAAAAUGGGAGUGAUCAGUGCAACUCCCCAGUGAAGGGAUGUGAAGUGUCAUUGCCCUCCCAGGCAUACGUGGUUGGUUAAGCGGUGCUAUCUCACUGCUGCUAGAUAUGUCAGCUGCCAAACGCAGGAAAUAGUUGUGUGCAGUUGUAAAGAUGGAAGUGUAGAGCUCUUUUAAAAGCGGGUUAUUUUUUGGCUUCUCUCCUCUCAUGGGAUUAAAAAGAAGUAAACCAAGAUGAAAAGGAUAUUCUCAUGUUCCACGCCUCAGGUUCCUGUGGAGAAAUGGAACAGACAUGACCAGAAGCUCUUUGAGGCGGUGGAGAAAGGAGACGCGAAGAAGGUUUCUUCUAUCCUGUCCAAGAAGCUUAUCAGACCAACCAAGAUAAGCCCCAAAGGACAAUCUGCUUUCCAUCUUGCUGCAUCCAGAGGUCUCACAGAUUGUUUAAAUGUCAUCAUAUGCCACAAAGUUGAAAUCAACGCAAAGACAGAUGAUGGCUGCACCGCAUUACACUUGGCUGCAAGCAAUUGCCAUCCGGAUUGUGUCAAGCUUCUGUUGCAGAGGGGUGCGCAUGAAGAUUCCAUAGACUUCCAUAGUCGGACACCACUACACUGUGCAGCUGCCUCGGGUUGUGUCUCAAGCAUCCUUUCUCUAUGUGACUCAGAAGAUACCAUCUUGGAUGCGGUUGAUGAUGAUGGACGGACCCCUUUGAUGAUCGCUGCCGAAUGCAAUCACCCCACAGUCUGCUCCUUGCUGCUAGAUCGUGGCGCACAGGUCAAUCUAACUGACAGAGACAAGAAGACUGCUUUAAUUCUGGCAUGUGAGAAAGGCAAUAUGCAGGCUGCAGAGACUCUUAUAUCAAAAGGCGCAGAUUUGGAGCCUAAAGACAACAAAGGAUGUGAUGCUCUGUAUUAUGCCAACGAAUCCAGAGAUGAGCCUUUCAAGAAGCUGAUUCAGACCACACUGGAUAGAAGGAAAAAUGAAAAAGAGCCAGACCAAGAUAUGCUGUCAAGUUUCAAGAAGCCAACAAGGGCCAACAGUAGAGAACUGGAGCUUGUGAACAUGUGGAAGAAGAGGUAUGAUGAAGAGCAAAAAAGGGGUCUGUGGCUACAAGGAGAAAUAAUGACAAAAACACAGGAAUUGGAGAGUAUGUCAGAGGAGAAGGACAGAAUUCGAGAACUGGUAGAAAAGUUGAAAUCUAUACUGAAUGAGCAAGAAGGCCAGGAAGCCACUGGAGAUACUUGUUAUACAUCAGAUAUAUGCAUUCUUAUUAGCCAACUUGUACAGCAAGUUAAAGCCAUCCAAGCAAAGCAGCAUAAUAAAAAGCUUCUAAUGGAUGAUAACAUGAAGGAAAUGAGUGAAAAAAGUACAGGAACUCAAGAAAUGCAAAAAAGACACCAAGAUGAGUUGAGGUGUCUUCAAGAUACAGUGGCUGAAGCACAGGAGAAGGAAGAAGGUGCACUAAGGAGAAUUUGUGAAUUGGAAGGCCACUUGGAGAACAUGAGAGAUGUACUUUCACAGUUUGAAAAGAGAAAGAGGAUUCAGAGUAGUGUUGUGGAGGAACUGCAGGACCAGCUGUCUGAGGUGACAAAUGAAAAAGAGGAACUCCUGACACUGCUGAAAACACGCAAAGGUCAAGACGAUACCUUGGCUAACAGACAUUUUAAUGAGUCAAUCUUACUGCAAAACAAUAUGAAGGUGCUAAAAGCAUUCCUUGAGGAAAUGAAGACUGAUUUUGUUGAUGUGGAAAACGUGGAGGGUAUAAAAGUUAAAAGUGAAUCCUCAUGCUUAUGUCAUGUACCUAUAGGUGUCCUCGAAAAAAGUGAAACUAAUUGGAAGAAGACAAUUUCUGCCAUGGAACAAUGUCUCCUCAGCAUUGAGAGCUACCAACAAUGUCGGAAUUCAGGAUCAUCACCUCAGCCUGUAUUUUUGUCUGAAGCAGCACUUAUUGUGAAUGGGAAAGCAGAUAGUUAUGAGGGGAAAAGCAACAACAUGGAACACUCUAUGGCAACUUACCACUUACAGUCACAAACUAUAGAAGCUAGUGCACCUUGCUUCCAAAGUGAAAGUCCCAGUCUGACCCUUACUGACAGAAAAACAUCACACACUUUGAAUAUGAUGCAAACACAAGAAGAUAAAGAGAAGACUAGUAUAUCUACAGAGGCAAAGAACUUAUUAAUAGAAAAGGUUUCAGAAAUGGAAGAUCAGUUGUCUUCUCUCAGAGAGAAACAUGAAAAUCUGCUUACACAAAUGAACCACAUCAGUCAAGAAAAACAGAACUUGGAAGAAGGGUUGCUUGCUCUUCAAGAUAGUCUACAAGCAGAGUUUUUAUUGAGACAAGAAAAGGAAAUUCAGUGUAAAGAUCUUAAACACCAAAUUUUGCUUCUGUCAGAUGAGUUGUCAGCCGAGCAAGAGAAACUGAAGAAGCUAAGUGUAAGGAUGGAUUCCCAGCAGAGUGAGAUGUUGAUGUUGCGGGAUAGUUUUCCACCGGAAAUAGUUCAAGGGGAAAAAAUUAAAUCAACAGAGAGGUUUCACUCUGAUGUAUUGGAGGAGCUGUACUGGAAUGUUGGAACAUUAGUGAAGAAAUAUAAUGAAGCCCUACACCAGAAAUCCACUUUACAAAAGGAGUACCAGAGGAUGCUGGAAAACCAAGUUGAAAUGAUGCCUAUUACAGAACACAAUGAUAUACUUAAUGCAAUGAACAGGAAAUUAGAUAUGCAAGCCAAGGAAAUAGAUGAGCUGACACAAAGGCUAUCCCAAGCAAUAGGAAGUAUUGUAGAGCUAAAAGAACAGCUUGCAAAACAAGUAGCAAAUUCAGUAUCAAAACAUGAGCAUGAUCAUCACAUUAUGGGCCUUGAAAAAGAAAUGACUGUUCUGAAGGAAGAAAAUGAGGCUUGUAAGGAAGCAUUGGAAAAGAAAUGUGAGGAGGUCAUUGUCAUGAAACAGCAACUAGAGCAAGAGUUUGAAGAGAUACAGGUGGUAACGUCCAGAGAAACACACAAACUACAAGAAUAUGAAAGAGUAAAACAGUCUCAUAAGAAACAACUUCAAGAUAUGGUAAAUGAAAUCCAGACUCUAUCAGACCAGUACAAAAAGGCUACUGAGGAGACUGCAUACUGUAAAGAAGUGAUGUACUGUGAGACGGAAAAGGUGGUGCAUCUAGAAAAUAGGAUCAGACAGCUGGAGACAGAAACAGAAGAGCUGAGAAUGCAGUCUCAAAAGUGGCAAGAAGAAAAUGACCGUUUGAAUGUGAAAUAUGAUGGUCUUCAUAAAGAAUCCAAAGACAGAGAGAACAAAUUGGAAGAAUCUGUGAUGUCCAUGACAGCAGUGAUUGAUGAGCAGCAAAAGAAAUAUGCGGAUAUGGUCCAUCAGCUUCAGGACACGAACAAAAGACAUCAAGAAAUCAUUUCUAUUUAUAGAACUCACCUCCUCAAUGCAGCUCAGGGCUUUAUGGAUGAAGAUGUCCAUUUCACCUUGCACUGGAUCUUGAAGAUGCAGAAUGAUGUUGUCUUCUAAUAGAGACUAUACCUAUGAACUAACACAAACUGCUGUGCUAAUCUUGCCACGUGGCAUAAUGUCAGACACUAAACAAGCUCUGCAGUUUUGCGUACCUCCUGUAUUAUGUAUUGCCAAGGGCCCAGAAAGAACUGAUGGGCAGUUUUUUUUAAUAUAACCAAAAACAGCUGAAUUAUCAAAAUAUUUUAUCACAUGAUGACUUGUUGAUUCUGGAGAAUAGCAAGUUUUUAAAUGUUUUAUAACACAAAGAGCUUUAAUUCUUGGAAACGUUGUACAGAGUUAUUAAAACCUCAUCAGAAUGUUCUGCUAUAUACAACAUUUGAGAUAUCAAAAAUUCCAAUCCUACCCUAUAGAGCAGGGAUGGGGAACCUUGGCCCUCCAGAUGUUUCAGAACUACAUUUCCCAUGAUGCUCAACUGGACUUCAGAGUGCCUAAAUAUCAUGGGUAAUGUAGUUCUGAAACAUCAGGAGUGCCAAGGUUCCCCAUAAAGUGUAGCUUAUGAUCAGCUGUUCUGUUUAUUAGCUGUACUUGGUACAUAGCACCUGAUACACAUCAUUCAGUUUGUUUGUUUUUAAAAGGUAACAAUCAUUUUGUACAGAACUGAGAUGUUAGUGAUGUUUUACUAUUUAUUCAGUACACAUUACCCACAUGAUCGUUCACUGCUAAUUAAACCAACCAAUAGAAAGUUAAUUCAACCUGAUCAUGCCCUUUCAUUUAGAAGAUUAAAUAUGUAUACAAACAAACACAAAAAAACAAGUUGUAUCCAUGUGAGUAGGUUGUGGAAUGAGAAUUUUGUGAGGAAUCAAUCUAGCCAUUGACAAGAAAUGUAUUUAUUAGCUUUAAUUAAAAUGUAAUAUAAAAAGAAACAAAACAUCAAUAUAGAUUUGUGUACUCUUUGGUACCAGUAAUAACUAAAUAUAAAAAGUAAUGGAUCAACUACAAGUUGCAGAAUUUCGGUAUAAAAACCACAUCUGUAUGCAACAUGGAUUUUUUACACUUCACAAGUUCAAAUAAAUUUAAAGCAUCUUUAAACCUAAACUUAUUUUAUAAAAUGUUAAUGUACAUAAAGAAAUCAAUUUGUAUACUUUUGUUUGUAUCCUUUUGGUUAAUAGAUUGAAUAAAUCCCUGUACAUAAGGAAGUCAGCCUUUCCAAAAUGUGCAGUAUAAGCAAGGUUUGUUCGCCCUAGGGACAAAAUAUGGUCUCUUCAACACAUUUUGGGCCAGAUUACGAGUGAAGCGCAAACGUUUGCGCGCAAGUGAUAUCGGGUUUUCGCGAUAGUUUGCGCACAGGUUAAAUUGCGCUGGUAUUACAAGUUGAAAGUAAAUGAGAUCGCGUGAGCACAAUUCAAGUUAAUGCUCGACGGGUUAUCGUAUACUCAGAGCUGACUGUUUUGAAAAAAAAACUGUUAAAAUGUGUCACCAAACACAUCAAAAAUACAUUACAAAGUACACUUACACUUAUAAUAAUACCAUCUAAUAAAAAUUAUUUAUAAAAAACAUUGCACACAAAAGUUAUAUGAGGUCUCAGGUGUUAGAAAAAAAGGCAGGCAAAGGGCUUUAACAUUGAGAUACAUACAUAUACACCUCCAAAGAUGGAUAUGUAUGUAUUUAUAUAUAUAUCUAUAUAUGUGUACAGAUUUAUUUAUGUAUGUAUAUGUGUUACAGACAUGUAUACACAUAUAAACACAUAAAUACAUAUGUACAUAUAUAUAGACCUAUAUGUAAGUGUAUUAGAGCCCUUUUCAGUUAAGUCGAUGAAAACAUGAAAAAUCAUAUUUAUGCAAUAUUCAUAUUUAUUAAAGUGUUAUAGGGUAUAUUUACUGUAAAUAUUUCACAUUCCAAUGUUCUGCACAUAGCAUGUUCUGCACAUAUAUAUUUCUUAAUAGAUAUUCCUAUAUAUAUAUAUAUAUAUCUAUAUAUAUAUAUAUAUAUAUAUCUAUACUUAUAUAGAAUCAUGUAAAUAUAUAUAUAUAGGUAUAGAUAUAUAUUGUACCAUAAUACCAUUUUAUAUAUAUAUAUAUAUAUAUAUAUAUAUACAGUAUAUAUAUAUAUAUAUAUAUAUAUAUAUAUAUAUAUAUAUAUAAAACAUAUUCUGCAAUGUGAACAACAUUGGAAUGGAGAAUAUUCAUGUUUUCAUGUCGGGUUAGUGCACAUGAGAAUAUGCGAUCGGGUUUGUGUGAGUGUGGGGUGCUUUCUCUCUAUUGACUUCUAUGGGGGGAAUAGGUUAUCAUGCGCAUGAUAUUCUUAGUUUGGCUUUUUGUGUGCAUUGGGUUAGCGUGGAUGCGGUAAUGUUUUAUUUUAAACUCAUAAUACCAGCACAACCUGACACGCACAAAAAGUUUUCUUCUAGCGCAAUUAGCACUUUAGCGAAAAUGCUAAAUAGCGCUCCACUUGUAAUCUAGCCCUUUAUCUGGUCCUUCACUUCUCUAAUCAGAAUACAAGAUGGGUAUAAUUUAAGGAUGGAUUUUCGGCACUUUGAUCUUUUUAAAGAAAUACUGGAAUUUAAGCAGCAAACGUGUAGUGGUAGAGUAUAAAAACCUGAAAAUUGUAAAAGACUGUGUAUCUGGUUCUGUAUUGUAAAAUAGAAAUAUCACUUUACCACUUUGCCAUGUAAACACUUGACACUUGUGCAGUCCAAAAUAAUAGUCUAUAUCUAGGUAAAGAGGUUAAGAUUUUAUUUUAGAUUUUAUGUAUAUACAACUUAUUUUUGUUAGCAGUUACUCCCAAAAGUUGUGUCCAACCCUAAACGUAGAAAAAAAAUCUAAUAGAGUCCCUCGUGAAAACCAAACUGGAUCUAUAAAUUACAGAGGGUGAAUAAAUUAUACAAAAAAUGGGGUGGGGAGACAAUUAGGGGGACAUUUUUUUAAUAUGUUCCACGACAUAAUAAAAAUAUAUUUUAACAAAAAUAUAUAUUUUGAUGACUAAUGGAUAAUAUACUUGAAUUCUGGUGCUUCUAGUUUGUAUACACAGAGGUUUUACAUUUUGUGAAUAUCACAAAACCUUUGCAAAAUACUAUGCAUAAUGGCUUCACUCUAUUUUGAGUAAAAGUUUUUAACCUGUUGCAUUCUUGUCAUACCUCAAUAUAGCCUGUUUUCUUUUUCAGUCAUUGUAUCAUUAUUGUCACAACUUGUUUUCAAACUGCAAUAUUUGGUAUAGAAAUCCAUGAGCACCAUUUUUCCAUAAUUAUGUUAAUUUAAAUUGUGCCAUCACAAUUUCUGACCUUUCCUUUGCCUGCUGAUUUUGUGCCUUGUCUUAAGAUGGAAUAAAUACCAUUGCCUGGACUGUGAAACCUGCCACUUGUUUGGAUGUGGACCUUUCUUUGUCUACUGAUUCUGUACCUCUUUGCCUGACACCUUGCAGCCUGACCAUAGCAAGGUUUUUAACUAUCCGUUUGCCUGAUGAUUGCGCACCUGUGUUUUUACGGAGCAUGUACUGCUUGACCUUUGUGCUUUCUCUGUGGUGAUCCCCAGAGUAAAAGGACAUUAAACACUUUGAGAUGGUAAUAUAAAAUGAUAAAUCGUAUGUAUAUGUAUAUAUAUAACUAUACAAUAUACUUUUGUUAUUUACUUUGCCCCUUUUUCCUGUAAUUCCAUUCUGAAAUUGUGAGCUUUUCAGUUCCUGUUAGAAAUGAAAGUGCAGAACACUGUUAAAUUCCACAAAGCCAUUGGCUGCACACUCUAGUGACCUAUUUAUAACUGUCCCUAAUUGGCCACAGCAUAGAAAGUAACCCAAGUUACAACAUAGCAGCCCCCAUUGUUUUAUAGACUUUACACUUAUUUUGUCACUAUUUAAACAACUAAUGAAACUUUAUAAAAUUCAUCAACAUGUUGUUCUCGUACUAUUCUUUUCUUUCAAUGCAUCGUUCUAUCUAGCAUUUAUUUAGGGCAAUAUUACAAGUGGAUCGCUAAAUAUCGCUUGUGCGUAAGUGAUAUUAGCGCUCCACUUUGUAAUACCAACUCACGCUAAUGAGCGCAGGUAGUACAAGUUAAGCGCAAUGCGAACACGACCUCUCAUUCACAUUGCUAGGAAGCACUGCGCUCACAAGAGUACGAUUCCAUAGGCUCCAAUGCGAGCCUUGUUCUGAUGUCGUCAGAGACAGCAUCAGAAUCUGAGCACAGAGAAGGGGGUAAGUAGAGUAGCGAUUGAUACAUUUAUAAAUAUAUAUGUAUAUGCUUAUAUACAUAUAUAUUUAUAUGUAUAUAUAUAUAUAUAUGUACAGGGAACACACAGUUUCCAUAGACCGCAAUUUAAAGGCACUUUUCAGUGCCGUUUUUUUUUCUAACACCCUACUCCCGCCAACUUUAAAGCCCCAAAACUGCCUAGUGCAGUUGUUUUCUUAUUAUAAAAAAGCUACUUGUAUUUGCAACCUGCCACGAACUAUCUUACAGAUACUUUCCUUAGCAAGGCAUAUGUAUGUGCGUGUAUGUGUCAGCUACAAAUCAAACCUCAUAUCAGUCUCUAGGUUCUCUUCUGGGUUUCACAGCAUUACAUUUCUCCCAAGUUUCAGUAUUGACUUUAAAGGAACAUAUUUAAGUUAUAGGUGUCUUAUUCACUGGUGUUGCUGAAUCUUCCUGAAGAGAAAAGUCUUCAUAAGUCCCACCUUCUAUAAAUGCUGCAGGUAUUUUUUGUAUGUAAGCUCAUCCUUUGGAGCUCAUUAAUUUCCAGCAGGUAUAAUACAACUUCCAUUCCCGCUACUUACCAUCUCUUUAAAAUUAAGUUUUUAAAUUAAGUUCUCGAAAAAGAAUGGAUGAAAACCUUCACUUUUUUAGUGAUUUUCCCCCCAGUAUUUUUAGCAAAAUUUCAUUCACAUUUGUUUUGUAUGUUGAGCAGUGGAUAUACUUUAAUGUUUUGUGUGCUAGUAUAAUUAUAUAUGACACAACAUUUCAUUGCAUGCCUUGUAUACCUGAAUUAAUCUUGUAGUUAUUUAAUCUCAACUACAACAGUGGUACAAUGGGCUAGAUUAAUUUAAAGAACUACUUUCUUAAAGUCUGGCAUCUCUAAAAGAAGCUAUCAGUAUGUGUCCCUACUCCACAUAGAAUAAAACAGGCACAGUUCUAGUGGAUUACUAUGUUACACCCAAAUGGGUAUUCUUGAUCACAGAUUCCAGUAACCUGGGACAAAGAGAAACUUUACAGAAUCAAGCAAUUUGCCAAACAACCUUCACCAUGCUCCUACAUGUAUCUUUCGAUGACCAUGUGACAUCUAGGUACCAUCAUAAUCUACCACAAAGUUAUAUUAGAUAUGUAGGGUCUGUGAACUCAUAAGGUCACUGGCACUGCUAACUGAAACUGGGGUGUUCUACCAGAUCCAUUUAUCAGGAAAACUUAGCAUGUAAAACCCACAAGAUAUACAAUAAAAGCAGUUAGUGGAAACUCACCCACUAAAGUAUUAUAGAUAUACAAGACUCUCACAUUUUUUUUACUUCCAAGAGCUAAUCAGCCAAUCACCACCUUUCUUUGCCUAUCUCCAUAACACACUAGUUUCCUUUUAGCAUAUUACUUGAUGACAUGUGUGGGAUACUUUUAUUAUUUGUGAAAUGUAAUAUAAUAGUAAUAUAUAACUUAAAUUCAAGUUAAAUAUGUUUAAUAAUGUAGAGAUACUUAACUAUAUAGAUAAACUAUUAAGAUUAGAUGUUCUUUCUUUAUCACCAUCAUUACAACUAUUUUCCCUCAUAAAUAAAGUUUUGAAGGGUUUGGAAUAUUAAUUAUGAAGGUAUUUACUUUAAUUCUAUGUAUUUUAUUAUGUACUUUUACGUUAUAUUUUUAUCUAAAAAAAUGUUUAUGUAUAUUUUGUAUUUUUUUAUAUUAAGAAGGUAGCAAUGUGGAUUCCGUUGGAGCUCUACAAAUAAAUAAUAAUAAUAAUUAGAGCUUUUAAAUGUGUUUUAUUUUUUUGUAGACUUUUUUGGUAACUUGAAGCUUACUAAGUAGUUCCUGUCAAUAGUUAACCUUUAGGCAUCUUGUGAUUGGUUUAAUAAAUGUAAUGGCGAGGAUAAAGUCUUGGGCUUUACAUGUUUUAGCAGAUUAAGUGGAUUUGAGUAUUCAUGCCGAAGUCAGGCUAUCUCUUGAAAGUUGCAUUUUAAAUACUGUCAUUUGGAUUUUAUCUUUGGAAGAUAGAAAAAGUAUAUAAUAAAUGUUUGACUGAAAGUA